CUGCUCAGAAUCCUCCUAUCUACCUGGUAUCGCCCCGUCCAAAAAUGCCAAAAUACCACAUCGCCUGGGUUUGGGGGGCGUACGGUAGAAGCCGUUUCUAGUCCAAAGAGACGAGAUUAGAUCAGAUGAUGGAGCCGAUAGAUAGAUAUUGGGUGGGGAGGUGAAGGGGUAGGAGGAGCUGUCUGAAGUAUAUACACUCACGACGGCCCGGCUGUUGGGACACACUUACAUCAUGAGCAUUGUAUGCCGUGAUAGUUUCUUCGUGGAGGUUUUAUUCAUUCUUUAUAACACAUUCACUCCUUUACUCCACGACUUUGGCAUCCUCCCUUCGGAACUCAAGCCGAGUCGACAUUCAUUCAUUUAGUAGGUGAUACGGAUAAACCGUCACCAUGUACAGCCUCUUAUCUCUCGUCCUGGUCUGCUCGUCGUUGGUGAUAGCGAAACCUAUCGGCGAUGUAUCUGAGUUUCAAAGUAUCGCUGAUCGCGAUGUGGAACUCCUGCCACGAUUCGGACCUCACACAAGAGGUGUGAUGGUCAGGCGUGAUGCUAAUAAGACUUUUGAUUUGGGCUUCGAGGUCAACGACCUGACACUCUUUACUGGUUCAUGGCCAGUAGCCAAAGGCACUACUGUUUCUCUUGAUCUCUCCUGUGUCGAGUGCCGAACCUAUGGAGAGCUUAACGCGUUCAUGGAGUUCCCCGACAACAUCGAAGAUAUCCUAAAGGACCUGAAGGACUUUAACCCGUUCAAUGAUGCUAGCUUGACUGUUGAAUUCCAGGGCGCCGGCGCUCUUAUAGACCUUAGCGUCGCGACCAGGGGUACUGGUCACUUUACAAUCCCAUUGUUUAAGUCCCAGACCCCUCUUGGUAUCUCCGGCCCGGGGUUCCAAGCUGGUAUUACCUUCAACGUGGACCUCAUAGUCGGCGUGACAGCCGAGAUCGAGACUAAGGGUGGUUUCGAGGUUACUAUCCCUGACGGAUCGUCCUUCACCAUCAACCUAGAUGACAAGGUUGACAACAACGCUAAAUUCUCUGGCACCUCCGCAACCCUCCUCCCCCUCCGCGUUGACGCUCCGGCCACCAUAACCGUAGCCCUGCGUCUCGCAGUCCAAGGCGGCAUCGAGCUACCCAAGAUCCCGCUCGUGGACGCGAAGGCCAUCGCAGGAGCCUACAUCAACAUCCCGCAAGUGACCCUCGGCGAGCAAUUCAGCAUGCCGCCCGCCAACGGCAGCAACUGCAUCCUGCCGGCCACCGCAGAGGUAAACAUCAACGCCGGCGCCUACGUCGACAUCGGCGUGGACAUCGCCGACAUCACAAUCGGGGACUACGACCCAACAGUCAGCACGACAUUCUUCAAAGCCGCCACAAGCACGUGUUUCAUAACCGCCAGCACCGCGACCUCCACCCCCCUAAUAACCGGCACCGGCAGCGUCACCGCAACCCGAACCGGCACCGGCGCAACCGGCACCACCGCCACCGCCGCCGCAACCACAACAACCGCACCAGCCUGCGUCUCCCCCUCAACAUCCAAGAAGACAACAACAAGCACCUACACCGUGACCUCGUGCGCCGCCGCCGUCGUAAACUGUCCCAACAGCCUCACGCAAGUAAUAGUCGUAACCGACAUCCUAACCCAAACCAGCACCUCCUGCGCAGGCUCCAGCGCCACCGGCGCCGCUCUCGCCAACGCCCCCUUCGCGAACGCGACGCUAGUUUCGUCGGCAGAGUACCUCACGCUCACGAGCUUAAGCGCUCCGGUGACGAGCACGCUGAGUAUCCCUGCUUCGGUCGUGACGCCCAAGACGACGCUGAUUACCGGAUCGGCGGGUGUGGCGGCUGUGACCUCGUCGGCGUCGGCGUCGGUGGAAGCUUCGGUUGUGGAGGGCGGUGCGAAGGGGAGGGCUACGACUUUGAGCUCGGUUACGGUGUCGACUACUCGUGCGCCGUGUUCUAAGAAGGCUACCGCGACGUCGGUGUCGGUUUCGUCGUCGUCAACUGCUUAAGGGGGUUUACUCUUUUGAGUUGGGCAGGGUGGUUGUAUGAGAUGAGAUGUGUAAAACUUAUUUUGUGAGAUUAAGUGUUUGGGAUGAUAACCAUGAUGAUGGAUUGUGGACGGGGUGGGAUGAGAUGUACAGAUAAGAGAUGAGAUACCAUACGUUAGGGGAUGGGAAGGGAUGGGAUGGAACCCGGCUAGGACGGCGGCUCGUAAAGAUUUCGUUUCUUAUAAAUAGAUUUGUAGCACGAUGUAUAUAUUUUUUGAACUAUACAUC